AUGCCACAGAUCUACCGCCGCCACACAGAGCGCACCCCGCCUCCGCGCCGCCCCAGCAUCGUGCCCACCGACGCCGACGACUCCAUCGUCAUCUCUGAUCUCGUCCGCACCGGCGAGGCCUCCCGCCUGCGCCGCCGCGGUGCCAUGCGCCUCGACCACGGCGUGCGCCCGUCAUCUGCCAUCUUCCCCAGCAGCAGCAAUCUGUCGAGCUCGCGCAUCGUCUACCUGCCGCCACCCCAGACGCCGGCCCCGCCUUGGGUCACCGCGGACCCGUCGGGCGACGAGGACUACCCGCCCCCAUGGAUUGCGCGCGACGAUGGGACGGCGACGAAUGGCGGCGGCAUGCAGCUCGACGAGAUGCGCGCGGACGAGCAGCACGAGCAUGGAUUUAUGCUCUUCUGCGGUGGUGAGGAGCAAGACCCUGUCUUCUCGGUGGGCCCGAGCACCGCAUUCACGCCCUCUCCGCUCCCGCUGCUGCCCUCGCAAAGCUCUGCCUCGACGUCAUCCUCGCAAUCACCACGCGCACGCCGCACAAAUGGCUGCGGCGCGCUGCUGCACAUGUGCGCCUUCCCCCAGCGGCCUCGUGGUGUCUGGGUCGGGAAGGAGCAGGCCACGGAUGCCGUCGUCGCCCUCGACUCGUCUUACUUUGCGCGCUCGGCCGUUGUCAAGAUGAUGCGCAGUGCCUGUGGUUGUGUGCGUGAAGGCAUUGGCUGUUCAGCAUGUGGAAACACCCUCGGCACGCGUUUUCUGCCGUGCCAGACGGCGUCAGGGGGCAUCUUCGCCCGCCAUCCGUCUAGCACACCGUCGACCUCGCCGCAGAUUCACCCACACGCGCCAUCUGGCCCUGCGUACUGGCGUGUUCAACCUACUCCACCCGCCCCUCAGCCCGCAUCAUCCCGCGCGUCAUCGCCCCCGCCGGCCUCAACGCCAUUCUAUGUCUAUACAUUCUUCGCGGAUUGCGUGUCUUCCUCGCCAGAAUUCUCCUUCCCCGCUCCAACACCCAGUCCCGCGCCUUCAUCACCCGUGCCCGGGACGCCCCGCGCGAGUGCAGCACAGCCGUGGCUCUCUCCUCUUGCCGACACCGGCGAUGGCCCGCCGCCAAUCCCGUACCGCUGGUCGGCCUCACCGCGCCCGCUCUCUCCCAUCCCAGUGUCCGAGCCGCUGGAGAACAUCAGGACGCGCAGCCCGUCGCCUAUACUGGAGCACCCCGCAAGACUAGCGCUCACAAAUAAUGCUGCGUCCACGUCGGGUUCGCCCCCGCGCAUCGCCGUGCGCGUCUACGUUGAGUCGCCAGUAGUUGAAGCGGGUCCGCGCACACCCCGAGAUGACGUAGAGGUAGGGAGACAUGUACGGCUGGACGCAGACGGGGUGCCCCUCGAUGAGGAUGCGGAAGUAGAGGAACCAGGCUCGCCGGAUAAGACAGGGAGCGAGACGAUGGUGUGGCCAGGACGCUGA